AGCCCCGGGCAGCACCCCCACAGCAGAGCCGGGAAUGUAACAUGGCGCAGGCGGAGGAUGCGGAGCAGCGGCAGAGCAUGUAGGACAAUAAGAGGCCGGAGCAGCAGAGCAGGGGGGCCGGAGACGGAGCCCCCCGAGCAGCCAGUCCAGCAACGCCAUUCCUCCUCUCUGUGCGCCCACAACACUGCAAAAUGUUGAUAGUUGAGAAGACGACGGACUACCCCUCCACGGAGUACUCUCUAGUGGAAGAUGUCGCCCUUCACUUCACCUGUCUAAUGGACAGACUCAAUGAACAGCGUUUGUUCCAGCCCGACCUCUGCGAUGUGGACAUCGUGCUGGUCCAACAGAAAAGCACCUUCCCCGCUCACAAGGGCGUCCUCGCUGCUUACAGCCAAUUCUUCCAUUCUCUCUUCACCCAAAACAAGCAGCUGCAACGGGUGGAACUGUCCCUGGAGGCCUUGACGUCCCGAGGUUUCCAGCAGAUCCUCAACUUCAUCUACACCUCCAAGCUGUUAGUCAACGGCUGCAACGUCCAGGAUGUCUUAAACGCCGCUGCCGUGUUACAGAUGAACGAAAUUGUGACGUCGUGCCAGGAGCUCAUUCACAGCAGGUCACUGAACCUGUCCAUGGCUAAUGACAUUUUGGACACGGAGGACACUCGAAAUGAAACCACCACGGUCAUGCAGCCGCAGUUCUAUAGGGAGAUAAAACAGGAGGUGGACGCACCUCCAACAAAAAUUUAUGCCCGGGAGGGAAAUGAUCCCUACUCUGUUCGAGUAGAGGACAGUGUAACUAAAGGACAUGCAUCCAACGCUGCGUCACCAAAACAGUAUUUUAAAGAUGAGGAUAGGAGCGGGGCCCGGGUCUGUAAAAUCGAAGGGGCUGACUCGGAAGAGGACCUGGAGACCCAAGAGUCCUAUAACCGAGAGCAGAUCAUCGUAGAGGUCAACUUAAAUAACCAGACACUAAAUGUUUCUAAAGGGACUGAGGGGAAGGGGGGCCCGACCGAUCCAGUAGCUGUUCUGGACCGAUCGGACGGGGACGAUCGGGGAUCGGAAGAAGACGGAGAUGACGAGAACGAGGAAGAGGAAGGUGGCCUGGAAGAGGAGGAGGACUUUCUCGACAUGCUGGAGGACGAGGAAGAUGACAUCUUGCCAAGUGAAGAAGAAGACCUCGAAGAACCCCGCGAGGAGGAAGAAGAGGAGGAAGAGGAUGACGAGGAGAAGGACAAUGAUGAUUCAGCAGAGACAGCCAAAGAUGAAAACUCCCCGCAAGACGGGAGCAAGUCGCCGAGCGAAAACGAGUCCACCAAGUUGUCUAAAGGUGCAAAAGGUUCACGUAACCGAGGAGCCGGUGCGAGGCGGAAGAAGAAAGGACAGGAUGCUUUGGGGCAAAAGGCCAAAUUUGAUGACAAGCAGCACUUCCCGUGUAAGAAGUGCCCUAGAGUUUUUAAUAAUAGGUGGUAUCUGGAAAAGCACAUGAACGUCACCCACAGCCGCAUGAGGAUUUGCGAUAAAUGUGGCAAGAGGUUCCUUCUAGAGAGCGAGCUGAUGCUUCACCACCAGACAGACUGUGAAAAGAAUAUACAAUGUUUAACAUGUGGGAAAACCUUUAAGAAGCUCUGGUCCCUCCAUGAACACAAUAAGAUCGUCCACGGCUACGCAGAGAAAAAAUUUUCUUGUGACAUCUGUGAGAAGAAAUUCUACACGAUGGCUCACGUACGAAAGCACCUUGUCGCUCACACGAAGGACAUGCCUUUCACAUGUGAAACCUGUGGGAAAUCCUUUAAACGCAGCAUGUCUCUGAAGGUCCACUCUCUGCAGCACUCUGGGGAGAAACCCUUUAAAUGUGAGAACUGCCAUGAGCGAUUCCAGUACAAGUACCAGCUGCGGUCGCACAUGAGCAUACACAUUGGGCACAAGCAGUUCAUGUGCCAGUGGUGCGGCAAAGACUUCAACAUGAAACAGUAUUUUGAUGAACAUAUGAAGACCCAUACCGGAGAGAAACCUUUCAUCUGCGAGAUCUGCGGCAAGAGCUUCACCAGUCGGCCUAACAUGAAGCGCCACCGCCGGACGCAUACUGGAGAGAAGCCUUACCCCUGCAGCGUGUGCGGACAGCGCUUCCGGUUUUCCAACAUGCUCAAAGCUCACAGGGAAAAGUGCUUCCAAGGCGGGAACCCCCCUACUCCCGGGAGUCCUGGAACAGCAGCGAGUCUCUCCGCCUCAUCACAAAGCGGCAACUCACCGAGCCAGUCCAGCCCCGGCCUCUCCCCCACCUUGCCCCAGCAUCCUCUCUCUCUGCCCCUCCUGCACUCUCUCCCACACAGCAUGCCUCCGCCAUCGCACCAUCUGCCUCCUCCGCCCCCGCUCUUCCCCGCCGGCCGUAUAAACUCUAACACCAACUAGACCAAGCUAAGACUGGCCCGACCGCUCAGAAGUGCUCCCUCCAAGACAACGCUGUGGCAUCAUGGCCGAAUAGUUUCCUUUUUCUACGUUUUGUCCGUCUCUGUUCAGAUGUGGAGGGGGAAGGAGGUGGACGUCCCGGCUCAUUCUCCGCCAUCGUUGCGCUCUUGCACAUGCUUGCAGCAUUAAGAUACAGUGGUGAGGACACCGCUACAAGCAGACUUCUCACUACUGUGCUCUUUGUGUUUUUAGUACAUAUUAAUGUUUAAUAUGGGAAAUUCCUAUUUUUAUUUUCUUUUAACUUUGUAUCAUUUUUAUUUGAAGCUGCCCAACUAAGCCUAUUGCGCCGUAGCUCAGAGGUCCUAUAUACGCACAGCCACCCCCGGCCACACAGUUGUGUGGGGUGUAGGGUCGCCACCCAGACUCAUGGAAGACGUGGACGUCCU